GCCCCCCCUCCACGUUUUAUGAUUCGACAACCUGCGUUGCCUUGCAUUGCAAGGAAAAGAAGAGCCCCGCACCGAUGCACUAACACGGCUCCUCUUCUACGGCGGCGGUACCGUCUCCCUCUAUCCCUCUCCUUCCCCUGCCUCCAUCCACCGACCACCGGCAGCAUCUCUCCAGCAGCGCCGAUCGACCGGCCGGAUCACUCGAGGAUCGACCGCCCACCCUCCAGCCUCCAUCAAUUAUGGACAGGGAUCACCCACGGUACUCCAUGAACGACGCCAAGCUCCAGGAGCAUCGGAUCUCUGUUUCCCGGCGCUGCCCCAGCUGCGGCCACGAGCUCGACUGCAUGCCGAAGGACAUGAUGGGUUUACCUGUCGGCGUCAAGUUCGAUCCGACGGACCAGGAGCUGAUCGAGCACCUGGAGACCAAGGUGAUGGACGGGGGCUCCAGGGCUCACCCCCUCAUCGAUGACUUCAUACCCACCAUACAAGGAGAAGAUGGCAUUUGCUACACUCAUCCUGAGAAACUCCCAGGCGUGACAAGAAAUGGCCAGAGCAAGCACUUCUUCCACCGAUCAUCCAAGGCCUACACCACAGGCACAAGGAAGAGGAGAAAGAUUCAGGCAGAGAGUGACCAACCAAACAGUAAGAACUGUGCCGAGACACGGUGGCACAAGACCGGCAAGACGCGGGCACUGAUGGUGGACGGCCGGCAGAAGGCGUGCAAGAAGAUCCUGGUCUUGUACACCAGCUUCGGCAAGCACCGGAAGCCGGAGAAGACUAAUUGGGUGAUGCACCAGUACAACCUCGGCGGCCUGGAUGACGAGAAGGAGGGGGAGCUGAUCGUAUCAAAGGUAUUCUACCAGACACAGACGCGACACGGUGUUGCUGGCACGGCGGCGACACUGGAUGAGCGUGCGAGGGACGGUAACAUGGAGGAAGAGACGGCAGGGUCAACACAGAUUGGGAUAAUUGGAGCUUAUGCCCUCGCUGCUGCUGCUGCGGCUACCGUUGAGGAGCAAAGACAAUAGCUGAAGCAGGAUGAUGAGCAGUUCAGCUAUGCUGCUCCCAAGAAGAGGUUACAUGAGCUACAGGUUGCUGCAGAGCAUGAAGUGGCAGUUGAUCAAGCAGAAGAACAGCAUCGCCACCACCAUAGGCCAUCACAACUCCAUGUUAGCCCUAAUUUGCAAGCAAUGCCCUUACCUGGCACGAAUGCCCUUGCCAGUCAGCCCCCGAGCCUGAUGUCUGCAAUUCACCCUGCCUCAGUUAACUUGAACAACAAGCUCCCAAAUU